CAUACUUCGCAUCCCUGUAGAUACGCGGCGAAUUUUACGCACUAGCCGGCUGGUCUGGAGAAAAAAUACCUUGUCAGUUCUGAAAAAAAACAUCUCAGUUCUUACAGCAAAAUCUUAAAACAGCGUAAAUUGUGACAAUUAACCAUUAAUAGAGGUGUUUAAGGGAGGGAGUUGCCGUCAAGGAUAUUUUGCUUUCCUAGCGCAAAAAAAAAGCAUACAAGUCAAGAGGACUUGUUGCAUUUCGGGUUUUCAUUUGGCCCUUUGACAUCUGUUUCUCCCCCUAGUGUGAUCCAGGCCUGGGCAUGGACGAGCGCACCGCCACUAUGGACCCCAGCAGUUGGAGCGGCAGCGAGAGCCCCGCAGACGACAUGGAGAGGAUGAGCGACGGGGCCGAGAAGGGCAUGGACGGGGACCCCGAAGGGGUGUGGAGCCCCGACAUCGACCAGAGCUUCCAGGAGGCGCUGGCUAUCUACCCGCCCUGUGGGCGGAGGAAGAUCAUCCUCUCAGACGAGGGCAAGAUGUACGGUCGCAAUGAGUUGAUAGCGAGAUACAUCAAACUAAGAACGGGAAAGACAAGAACAAGAAAGCAGGUCUCCAGUCACAUUCAGGUUCUUGCCAGACGGAAAUCUCGGGAGUUUCACACCAAGCUAAAGGUCACAUGUAUGGACCAGAGUGUGAAAGACAAGGCACUGCAGAGUAUGGCCUCCAUGUCCUCGGCUCAGAUCGUCUCUGCCACCGCCAUCCACAACAAGCUUGGCCUCCCAGGCUUCCCAAGACCCACCUUCCCUGGUGCGGCAGGGUUUUGGCAGGGUAUGAUAUCCACUGGCCAGCCUGGAUCCUCACAAGACGUUAAGCCAUUUGCCCAGCAGGCCUACCCCAUCCAGACAGCUGUAACGACCACCAUCUCAGCGUACGAGCCUCCCACAGCCCCCGCGCCUACAGCUCCAGCCUGGCAGGGCCGCUCCAUCGGGACCACCAAACUCAGACUGGUGGAGUUCUCUGCUUUCCUGGAGCAGCAGAGAGACCCUGACUCUUACAACAAGCACCUGUUUGCCCACAUCGGACAGACUAACUACUCGUACAGCGAUGCCCUACUGGAGGCUGUCGACAUCCGUCAGAUCUACGAUAAGUUUCCAGAGAAGAAGGGAGGACUGAAGGAGCUCUUUGGAAAGGGCCCUCACAACUCCUUUUUCCUGGUCAAGUUCUGGGCUGAUCUGAACUGUAACAUCCAGGAUGACUCUGGGGCCUUCUACGGUGUGACCAGCCAGUAUGAGAGCUCUGAGAACAUGACCAUCACCUGCUCCACCAAGGUGUGCUCCUUCGGCAAGCAGGUGGUUGAGAAGGUGGAGACGGAAUAUGCUCGCUUCGAGAACGGACGCUUUGUCUACAGGAUAAGCCGCUCCCCCAUGUGUGAAUACAUGAUCAACUUCAUCCACAAACUCAAACACCUGCCUGAGAAAUACAUGAUGAACAGUGUCCUGGAGAACUUCACCAUCCUAUUGGUGGUGACCAACAGAGAGACACAGGAGACGCUGCUGUGCAUGGCGUGUGUGUUUGAGGUGUCGAACAGCGACCACGGAGCUCAACAUCACAUCUACCGGCUAGUCAAGGAAUAAGAGACUGAGGCCUAGAUUUCAAUCAGAUCGAACGUUAACCGACAUCCGCAUAGCAGAUGUUUUGGCGGUGUUGGAGGUGUAACUGCGGUAUGAGCUGAAAUAUCGGUGAGCGGCUGCUCUUGUGUGGCAGCAACCCUCCCUUCCUUAAUAUCCCUACCGCGUUAGGAGUUCAAGGAAGUGUAGACUCUAUCGAUGUUAGAAGUCAUGACUUUCAAAUGUCAAACCGUUGAUGUUAGGCUAAUCGCAUGUUUUCAUGUUAAUUUGGAUGGGGGGGAUUUAUAGCUUAUCAGUCUAAUUCGAGUGUUUGAACUUGUAACAUUGCUGAAUGAACUUCCAACGCGGCUGUAUGGGAUUUGUCAGAUUAUAGUCGGGUGUGAUUUUGUUUCAUCCAAUGGCGGUGUCCGCAAUAAAAUAACGCAACGAGCCGCUUGUGGAUUGGACAGCUCUCUGCAGUUCCACCUCCUGACACCACCAAAACAACCGCUAUGUGGAUGUCAAUCUGAUUGAAUCUAGCCCUGACACUCAGUGUGAACGUGCUUCAUUCAGAACUGGGACAAACUAUCACUUAGAUCUCGCUAACCUGAAGGACAUGUAGCUUAUGAAGGAUGGAAGGAAGACAUUGAAGGACAGACCCUGAGUAUUGUCAGGGUUGUGGGGGAGGACACAAGGCAAGCCCCCAGUGAAACACGCCUUCAGAAUGACUUACUUGACAACCGUAUGGAAAGUGGCUGUGCCUCUACACAAAUCCCACCCACAAUGUCCUUUGGUUACAUUGUGGGUGAAGUCUAUCACGGAUAAUAUUAUCAUUAUAUUUUUGUCUUUUUAAUGUAUAUUUGUAUGAGUGCAGCUGUCAAUCUGUGGUAUAGUUGUGUCAUGUGCCAUUUUUCCAGACUAGUUCAGGUCUGUAGUGUAGAAAGUGUACAUAUGAAGGGGCAUUGCGUAACAUAGGGAGAUGUUCUGUGGAUUACAUUUGGAAACUACUAUCAGUUUCCAGCUUUUUAUACUGUAGUCAUCACCAAUGUCAACCAAUUACAGAUCAUAAUAGCCUUUCUUAAUUAGAUAAAUAGAAAAACUAUACAAACAGUUACUACAUACACUAUAAAUACAAACGUACGUGGACACCCCAUCAAAUUAGUGGUAGGCCACACAAGCUCACAGAACUGGACCGCCGAGUGCUGAAGCACGUAGCUCGUAACAAUUGUCUGUCUUCGGUUGCAACACUCACUACCGAGUUC